AUGAUAUCCUCACAGUUGAGAGAUCCAUCUGGGAUGCCGUUGCGCUCGAGAGACGUGGGCAGUCGAUCUUCGAUUCGAUCCCGUCGCCGAUAUUUAAGAUCAUCUUCGUCGGAUGACAAUGACCAAUAUGCAGCCUUGUACGCUCAUCCACACAGACAUCGCCGCUCUCGGUCCCGAACUCAGAGUCCCAUCAGAGGCCAUCAGGGCAGAUUCAAUAGCCGCGUGUCUCGACCCGACUUCAAAAAAGACAUUCUCACGAUAUGCCGAAGAGGUGAGAUUCCUAUGCUGGACAAGAUGUUCUAUGAUGCUAGCCUGGUCCCCGCCCGGCCGGAUGAACUACCCACUACCGAUGAGAUGGUGCUCGAGGCUUUAGAUGCCCCCAGCACUGGCAUGCUCUCCACCAUCGUCAGGCGAGACCCUACGUAUAAGUGGAGCGACCUGGCCAUCAUCAAAGCUAUUGAGAAGGACAAAGCCUAUGACCCACCGCUAUAUCUGGAUGCUUUCCUCUAUCUUGGACUCAGCCCCUACACCGCGUGGGAUAAAGAUGUUGAGCAUCAUGAUGCCUUGAUGUGGGCCAUCAGAAGUGGUAGCGCUGAGUUUGUUGCUAUGCUGCUCUGUGCUGGAGCUGACCCUAACGGAGGCAAGUUUAGAAAGGUCUUUUCACAUAUCGCCGUCGCCACAGGGAUCUGGCAGAUCGCUCGACGACCACAGUUUGCUAUCGCCUACAACCUCAUCAAGCACGGAGCCAACCCGAACGGGACUGGCGCACUGCAGUGGGCGGUAGGCAUGCUCGCUUUUGAGAAGAUCAAAGAAGGACGAGUGCCAUGGGAAGCUAACAAGAUUGCUCAAAUGCUGAUUGAACAAGGUCAUGCUGACAUCAACGAGACCCCGCGGAAGAAUCCUGAGUAUCCUACUCUUCGCCAUGCUCUAGGUGAAGCAACUUUCUACGAGAAUGUUGAAUUUAUAGAGUAUCUCCUGGAUCAUGGAGCCGAUCCGUCCAUUCGACCAGAGAAAGACGGUCUAACUGCCUGGGAGAUCGCCGUCUCAGAAGAUGGUCUCCCUAGCGUGAUUGAUGCUCUUGUUGGCAGAGGCGUUUCACCGGCUACGCUCUGGGGCAUUCUUAGGCCUUGA